GUUUUUAUAUAGCAAGUUUCCACCCUAAUGGGAAGGCUACUAUAGUAACACUAGCACUUAUUUGUAUAUUAUUUUUCAUGUGGCAAAAUGCCAAAACUUGAUCGUGAAAUAGAAAAAGAAACACAACUUUAAGACAAAGAUUUCCAUCCUUCAUCAUCAACAUAUAUAUUGUCAUAUAUACUUUGUUACAAGUAUCUUCUAGAUAGGACUAAGAAAUCAUUGAAUCGCCUCAAUGAAUGAAGGAGAUUUAGUUUACCUUGACUAAAGUUUCUUUAUUUCUUUUUAUUAUUAAGUUACUCUAGUUGGUUAUAAAUAUAAGGAUUGAACUCCCCGGGGGGAAGGGGGGGGGGUAUUGAUGCUUUAUAGAUAUUCACAAAUGACAGUUUUUGACAAUCUUUUAUUGCCAGAGGAAGUAUACCAAUGAGUUAAUAUAUGAUCAAGAAGAGCCUAUACCUGUUGGGGAAAACAUAGAAAACUGGUGAUAUAUGCGUUUAACUUUGAUGCACUGACCGUGUAAAAUGUUUUACAUAGUCGUGCAAUCACAAUCGUUUUCUUAGAUGACCAUUCAUGCGGUCAAUAUAAAAGCUUUGGUUGUUAAAGAAUCGUCUAUCUUAUUGAGUUUAACUGUGUAUAAUAACAGCAGUGGUGGAGGCUUGCUGUCAUACUCAGAAUCACAAUCUGAAUCUAUUACCGGACCUCCUGCUUCUAAUACGAAUUCUGAUGUGCCGGCAAAAAAGAAAGUGGUUGUUCUUGGAACAGGAUGGGGUGGUACUAGUUUUCUCAAGGAUCUCGAUGCAUCCUUGUAUGAUGUUCAGGUUGUUUCCCCUUGUAACUAUUUUGCAUUCACUCCUCUAUUACCUAGUGUCACUUGUGGGACAGUUGAAGCGCGAAGCAUUGUAGAGCCAGUUCGAAACAUGGUCAAAAAGAGAAAAGGAGACAUUAAAUUCUGGGAGGCGGAAUGUCUGAAGAUCGACCAUGCAAACAAAACGGUAUUGUGUAGGUCCAAUAUUGGGAACAACUUAGUUGGAAGUGGCGAAUUUUCUUUGGAAUAUGACUACUUGGUUGUAGCGAUAGGAGCACAAGUGAAUACUUUUAACACCCCUGGUGUCAAGGAGCAUUGUCAUUUUCUAAAGGAGGUAGAGGAUGCACAGAAGAUCAGAAGGGCUGUGAUAGAUUGUUUUGAGAAGGCUGUUCUUCCAUCUCUAUCUGACGAAGAACGAAGGACAAAUCUACAUUUUGUUGUUGUUGGAGGAGGUCCAACUGGGGUGGAAUUUGCUGCUGAGCUUCAUGACCAUUUCCAAGAAGAUUUAGUCAAUUUAUACCCAUCUGUUAAAGAUUUUGUGAAGAUAACAGUGAUUCAAUCAGGAGAUCACAUCUUGAACACGUUUGAUGAAAGAAUUAGUCUAUUUGCUGAAGAGAAGUUUGGAAGAGAUGGUAUAAAAGUUCAAACUGGAUGUCGAGUUCUCAGUGUUGAUGACAAAAAUAUUACAAUGAAGGCAAAAUCAACUGGAGAGAUCUGCUCUGUACCCCAUGGACUGGUUAUCUGGUCCACUGGGAUUGCAACUCGUCCGGUUGUGAGGGACUUUAUGGAACAAAUCGGUCAGGGUAAAAGGCAUGUGCUAGCAACAAAUGAAUGGUUGCGAGUGAAGGGUUGUGAAUCUGUGUAUGCUAUCGGUGAUUGUUCUUCGAUAGAUCAACAAAAAAUAAUGGAUGAUAUCUCAGCCAUUUUUGAGGCUGCGGAUAAGGACAAAUCCGGUACCUUAACUGUUGCAGAACUCAAGGAUGUGAUAGAUGACAUAAUUGUAAGAUAUCCACAGUUCGAACUGUAUUUGAAGAGCAAACACAUUUUGGAUUUGAGUACUCUAUGGAAAGACUCAGAAGGAAAUUAUAGAGAAGAAAUAGACAUAGAAGGCUUUAAGAUGGCCCUUUCUCAUAUGGAUUCACAGAUGAAGAGUCUGCCAGCAACUGCACAGGUUGCUUCCCAACAAGGUGAAUAUCUAGCUAGAUGCUUUAACCGCAUGCAUCAAUGUGAAGAGCAUCCGGAAGGUCCUCGGCGAUUUAAAGGCUCCGGACGUCAUACGUUUCUUCCCUUUCGGUAUAAGCACUUUGGGCAAUUUGCUCCUCUGGGAGGGGAGCAAGCUGCUGCAGAACUUCCUGGAGACUGGGUUGCCAUGGGUCACAGCACUCAAUGGCUUUGGUAUUCUGUAUAUGCAAGCAAGCAAGUAAGCUGGCGGACAAGGAUGUUAGUCAUAUCAGAUUGGACAAGAAGAUUUAUAUUUGGAAGAGAUUCUAGCCGUAUUUAAGUCCUAAAUCAAAAGCUGCAUUUGAACAGCUUUGAGGCUUUCUGUUUAUCUGUUAAUUUUCAUUGUAGCUUUAUUCAUUAUGUAGUUAGUGUAGUGAUAUUUUGAAGGUACAAACAAGUCCUUUGGAGACAGUUUGGGAAUGUGAAGUUGUCUUGAUGGAGCUUGCUCUUCUUUUAUAGCUAUCUUUCUCACUUGUAAAACUAUACAUUCAUACUGAUAAAUGGGGAAUAGAUCCUUUAGAUCCUCUUAA